UCAGCUGCACUCCUAAUGUUCCCUGGAGGUCACUUUUUAAAAAACAUAAUAAAAUUAGCAAACUUUGAUUGAAGUCUCCUGUUCUGUCUCCUUAGAACACUCCCUUUUGAGUUUUCUUGUUCUUAGUCAAAUACUGUUGUGUGAUGAACUGGUGUGGGGUGAGCAUCAUGAUCAUUGUACACCUUGAGUUUCAAAAUUAUGUUUUGGCAAUUUUGUCCAAGGAAUACAACUUGUCUGGAAAUGAGGAAAUAGAUGAUGAUGAGGAAGAAGAAGAAAUAGAAGAAAUAGAAGAAGUAGAAGAAAUAGAAGAAGUAGAAGAAAUAGAAGGAAAAGAAGAAACAGAAGGAGAUGAAACAAAAGAAGGAAGAGAGAAAAAAGAGGAAAAAGAGGAAAAAAAUGACAAAGAAAAGGAUCGUAAAUCACCUGAGGGAGAGACAAGCAGUAGCAGUAGCACUGUGGAAACUGGAGAGACAGAGGAGACUGCUCAGAAAGAGACCAUCGUUCAGCAGGAGAAGGAAAGCACUGACAAUCACACUGUGAACAAUUCUUCAGAGAACACUGAUGACCAAAAAACUGGAGAAACUGUGGGGAGAAAAAAGUUUUCCCUGUUUAAGCGAAAGCCACUGACAAGCCAGAAGAAUGUAUGUAGCAGAAAGGAAGACAGCUCUGAAAAGCCAUUGCAGAGUGAAGAAAAGGAAAAGGAAGAUUUAACUGAUGAAGGCAGUAAGGAUGAAAAUCAAAAUCAUACACUGGAGAAUUCCAGUGAAACUGUGACUAACCAGGACAGAAGGAUGAAAGUUAAUACCUGCAUGUUGCUGUAACACUGUUAUAAUAUAUGGGAAUGUGACAGUCUUAAAGCAUACAGUGCAAUUUUUACUUGAAAACAGUUAUGACACAAGAUGUUGAUGGCUGCUUUUUUUUGAUUGAUUGGAUUGCUGUAAUUUUAAAUAGGCAGAUGAUUUUCUUGGUAUUUAUUGGUAAUUUUAAUAGUUCAAAAUUAUAUACUUAUCAGCACCUUGCUGGAGUUCUGUGGCCUUACCUGUUUAUGUUCUAAAGCAAAAUAUGGGAGUUUUUUAUGUGAAAAGUUGAAUACAGGCAGUUUUGGUUUUUGCUCAAUAAUUUUAUUCUGUUUCAGCCUACAGAGUAUCACUUUCAGCAUGACACUCUUGCAAAAUUAUAAUAUCUGAUAUAUUACUUGGUUUAACAACUUAGUUAAGAAUAUUUAAGGCACUCAGAAAUAUACAUGUUUCUUUCUGUUUUGACAUAGAAAAAACAGCAGUAAAACUUUCAAGUUGUACGCCAUUCUGGAAGAAGUUACUUGAGUAUGUGGCUAAUUUCACACAUGGCAGCAGUCCCAGUGGAAACAGUGUAAGGAUGGAAGUAUCCUGCCAAACUGGGACAGGGAGAGAGCUUUUAUUUCUGAGGUGCUGAAAACCUUUGCUCCUGCUGAAUUUGGCAUAAACUGAUGGGCCUCCCUCCUACUGAAUCAGGCCCAGUGAAAACUGGACACCCUCACUCUUGUUUCCCUUGGAUUCUAAUCCCGUGUUCCCUGAACAUCCACACCUUAACGAGUCUCCAGUGAAGCUUUUCUCACAGGAAAAUAAUGCGACCAGAGGUGCUGUGGCAUCAGUAUGACAGACUGAUCAUCAUGGAGUAAAUAUUCAUGUUUUUCUCAGGCAGACUGGCUUUUCUUCAGAUGGACACUUCGCAGGAGGAGCCAAAAAUCAGUACAAAUAAAAACUGCUUAACACCACUGUAGCAUUAAGAAGCAGGAAUUCUUUAUUCAGCCAGAAGCUCAAGGGGAUAUCUCCUCCAAAAUAUUGUGCAGGCUGAGUACAGAAAAAGCUCCUGUUUAGAUACUUUAUUUUACAUACGUAGUCAUUGAUUUUCCCAGAAUAAACAUACACAUGAUAAAUAAUUUCCCUGAAAUCAUUAACAAAUUUUCUCUCCUAUUUACACAUGUUCUUCUGUCCUAGAAGUCCCUUUGCUGGUCCCUGGUGGUCAGUGACCCCCCAGUGAUCCCCAACCACACAGUGAACUGGUGAAAGGUGGCACAACUGGGCUGGUUGCUUUCCUGUUCUUCCUUCAAUUUUUCUAGUUUCAGAGUUGCUUAAAUUUUAUAUAAUAGCUCAGAAGUGUCCAGAAUUGAUUUCAUCCUAGGAGUUGGUUCAUCUGCAUGUCCUUAUAAGUAUGGCAGGUGUCCAGAUUCUUUCACAGGGCUUCCUCUGUGCUACCAUAAUCAUACUAAAAACCUGGAUGCUUGGGUCAUCCUUUGGCAGAAUUAAUUAGUAUCCUUUUGUGUCUUUUAUUUUUCUCUGGGCUACUCCUGGGUUCUGCAGUGAACCUUACAUGAGGGUUUUUUUCUCCAUUAUAUUUACAUAUUUUCUUAUUUUUUCUGAAUGCACAUGUGGUUUCUGUUCUACUUGGAUACUGUUGAGAAGAGUGAAGUGGAAAAGGAGACAUAAAGUAAAUGGCACCCUCAUUAAUUUAAAUAAGCUUUAAUUAUUUUUUAAGGGGAAAUCUGUAAGAUUUACUGUAAGAACAAUUUCUUUUUAAAGGUGAACUAAUUUAGUGAGAAAUAUUACUUUAAAAUGGGAAUUACCCUCAAACCUAACACUACAGAAGUUUUUGUAAUGGACUGUGAACUGCUGUGUGUCUGAGCAGUUUCAGGGACUGGUACAUUUAUCUUGUCCACACACUUUGCUCAACAAGAAGCAGGAACAUAUGAACCCAUUCCAAUGUCUUUUCUACAUGUCUUCAUUUUUAAUAAAAAAGAUUGAACAAAUAAAACAAUUUACAUGUGCACGUGUAUUAACUUAUAGGGGUUUUUAACAAGUUCACAAUAUUUAUGAUAAAAAUGUGAAGAUUUUUUAUUACUGAAAAGUUUUCAUAAACAGAUGAGUAGCAAAAAAUUCUAUAAACAUUUCUAGUACAUCUUUCUUUGUUUUCUUCUUACUUUUUCAAAGAGUAAAUGUAUCAACUUAAGUCUUUAUUUCUCAUUUUUAUAGUCCUGCCACACAACUGAGAUUGUGCUUUAGAAUUGUUUGGUUUCUAAAAUUUCACCACUAAACUUAUCACUAGGUGGAGUUUGUGCUCUUCGAAGGUGUAACCAGCCAGCCCCUGGAGCCAGAAAUUCUCCUUCUCAUGGCCCCUGAAAGAAGUUAAAGAUACUCAUUCUGUAUCAAAUUUUCUGUUUCCAAAUUCUCAGAAAACUUUAUGUUUUCUGGCAUAUUGCUUUUGGCAUUAAAGUACUCUGCUACCUCAGUGUAUUUAUAUAGUGCAUUUUGAAAGUUUUUAACUGUGUAAAAAUAUAAAGAUUAAAAAUUACAAUUACUCAUUUAUUUCUAAGUAUACAUAGAUGGACAGUGGUCAAGUUUCUAAUAAAUAAAUGUAAGUCUUGAUAUGCAUGU